AUGUUCAUUCUCCACAGCGGCCUGGACGUCGCUCUGCGGAGGGUCCGCGAGGAUGCCGUUGGACACGCCUCCUCGGUACUGAUCCUGGCCGCGGCCACCGUGGACGCCCUCUGCGCAUGCCGUAUCCUAGUUGCCUUACUCAAGGCCGAAUUCAUCCCCUUCAAACUGGUUCCAGUCCUGGGCUACAAUGAUUUGGCAUACAUCAACGAAACACUCAUCCGAUCUAAUCCCGACCUUCGGAGCGUCUUCAUGCUGGACUGCGGCGCGGUCACCGAUCUCGGGGCCUUCUUCUCCCUGUCCGACGGGGAGACCGCCAGUCAAACACGCUUUUACGUGACCGACUCUCACCGCCCCUACGAUCUGCGGAACCUCUACUCCAACUCGCAGGUGUUCAUCCUGGACGACGGGGAAAUCGAGCAUAAGAUGCACAACGUCAAGGCCGCCUAUCUGGCCCUGGACGCCGCCUCCAAGGAUCCCGAUGGCUUGGGCAGCGACUCAGACUACGAAGAUGGCCAUGAGCUGGACAUCUUGGCGGCCGGGCCCGUGCGCAGCCGUCGGCCCCCUUCCCCACCGCCGGGAGCCGGCCCCCUCGGGCUUGAUGACGAUUCAUACCUGGACAGCUUGGAUGAGAGCACCGACAGCGAGGACGAGGCAGACGCUGGCUCGGGACUUGGCGGCGCCUCCAGCCCCGGAUCCUCGACCGAGGCGGACGAGGACGACAGUGAAGUGGAGCUCGGGUCCGACCAGGAUCGUGCGGGCACUCGCCGGGACCGACUCCAGCGACGCAAGCGCUUGCGGACACUCGGCCUGCCGAGCGAGCAACAGGCCCUCCGUCGGGCCGAGCUGGCCCGCCACCAGAAGCUCGUGGCCCGGUACUACAGCGCCAGCUGGUAUGGGGCCUCCUGCUCGCGCACCCUCUACACGAUGGCCGUGCAGCUGGGCCGCGACUCGAACAAGUUGCUCUGGUGGGCCAUUGUCGGCAUGACAGACCAGUACAUCAACAACCGUCUGACACUGGCGCACUAUCGGGCACAGGUGGACUUCUUCAAAAACGAGACUGUCCGACACAACACGGACUUCCAGUCGGCCCAGCCAAUCCGUGCCAACCCCCAAAAGCUGGCGGCUGCGCGGCGCCUACUUCGAUCGCGUCAGCGCGAGCGCCUGCUCAAGGAACGUCGCGCCCUGCGCCGGGCACGUAGCCUGGCCACCGGGGGCGAUUCGGCGGAUGAGCUUGACGAUGAGCUCGAUCGCCUGGACGAGCUCGACGAGCUGGAGGCCCUCGAAGCGCUUGAGGAAGAGGAGCAGCAGCAGCAGCAGCAGCAGGGUGGUCCCACCGGGCCGGCGGGCUCCCGCACCCCGACCGACUAUGGCCUUGACCUUUUGCCGGACCUGGAGCUUGAGGCGCUGAUUGACAGCCUGGUGCGGGCUGGUCGACAGCAGCAGGCGGCGGCGGCGGCGGCCGCCGCCGCCGCCGGCCGGUCGGCCGACCAUCUGCCCGAGGAUGGGCAGGAUCCGUCGGGCGAUGAUCCGGCCGCCGGGUCGGUCCUAGAUGGGACAUACACUGGCAGCGCGGUGGACACCUCGUUAAAGAUCAAUCACCAGCAGGACUUGAACUUGAUGCUAUACCGGCACUGGUCCCUGUUCGAUGCGCUAAUGCAUGCGCCGCAUGUGGCCACGCAGCUCGGCGUGUGGAAUGACAAGGGCGCGCACCGGGUACGCACGCUGCUCGUACGCCUGGGCAUCCCUCUCAGUCAGGCGUGCCAGCCGCACCUGGCCAUGGAUGUGGAAAUGCGCCGGGACCUUCCCCGGCGCUUGGCCGACGUCUCGGCCGGGGUCAACCUCCCGGGGAUCAUGUACCCGGCCUUCAUCGCGCGGCAGGGGUUCCGCACGGCUGUGGCCGCGGCCGACGUCGUGUAUGCCAUCUCCUCCCUGGUGGAGGCCGGCGCCAUAGCUUCGAACAUUGCCUUCACCCUGUCCCGCCAUGGGUUGGCCGGGGGGCCUGGCCAGUCCUCGGGGGGCGACUCCUUUUCCGCCUUCUCCACCAUGUCCGAAGCGGUGGCCGAGUACGCCCGGACCAGUGACAUUUCUCGCGACCAGGUCUGGCUGCAGUGCUGGUAUCGGGCAUAUGAUGCCCUGGAGUCCCCCUACACGACGAUCCUUGAGUCUGGCCUCAACCUAGCCAUGGCCUACCAGCGAGCCAUCAUCCGUCAAAUCACCCUGCUCAUCGAGCAGAAUGCCAUCACCACCACGCGCUUCCUGCGCUUUGCCAUUGUCAAGGACGCCGGGUCCACCGGGCCGGUAGCGCACCAGGUUCCCAUGGGCCCCGGGCGUGCUGGAGCCGCACCGCUGGACUCGCGGUGGAGCACCGGGAACAGUGACCUGCUGGUGGUGCACCCACUCACACUAACCCGCUUGGCGCUCUACAUGCGUGACGCUCUUCGGUCUUCUGGCAAGACCAACCUACCCCUGUUGGUGGCCUCCCUGUGCCACUCGACAGAUUCGUACUUCGUCAUCGGCCUUGACCGGGAGCGGAGCUCCUCUUCACAAGUCCAGCGCAAUGUGUUCAGCGUCAUUCUCAAGAAUGUGGCCGCCGAGCGCGGCAUUCGCCUCCGGCACGAUGGUUUCGACGCCUCGGUGCUGGAAAUCCGUCGCGAAGAUCUCACUCCCUUCCUGGAGGCCAUCCAGCUGACGAUGAAGCGCCGGGCACUGGCGGCGGCAGCCGAGCAGCUUCCGCCCUCGGCCAAGCGCCCGUCUGGUCGCCGGGCGCUCUAGCUCAGCCCGCCCGGCGUCCCAGCUCACUCCCCACUCCUGGCGCAAGCCGCAAAUAGACAUUUUACCCUUCUUC